CAAAUUCCAAAACAAUGAACAAACCUAAACCUAAUACCUUAAUCCAAACUCUACUACUUCUCUCAUGCAUAACUUCCACCUCUUUUUCCCAACAAUUUCAAGAAGCACCCGAAUUCUACAACUCCCUAGACUGCCCUUCCAUCUCAACCGUCGAUUUCCUCUCCUCCGACGACGCAAUUCACAUUGCAAUGACCCUCGAUUCAACCUACAUUCGCGGAACAAUGGCUGCAAUUCUCUCAAUCCUCCAACACUCCACCUGCCCGCAAAACCUAAUAUUCCACUUCAUCUUCGCAAACUCCCCAAACGAAAACUCAUCCCUCCUUCAAUCAUCCUUCCCUUACCUAAAAUUCCAAAUCUACACUUUCGAUCCCACCUCCAUUUCCAAACUAAUAUCAACUUCGAUCCGAUCAGCCCUCGAUUCUCCUCUAAACUACGCUCGUAACUACCUCCCCGAUCUCCUCCCAUUCCACAUUCGUAAAGUCAUUUACCUCGACUCCGAUGUAAUUCUCGUCGACGACAUUUCCAAACUCGCAGCCGCUGCCGGAGGCAGCGUGGUGGCAGCGCCAGAAUAUUGCGACGCGAAUUUUAGUUCGUAUUUUACGCGUAGAUUCUGGUCGAACCCGAGUCUCUCGUUAACGUUUGUGAAUCGGAAAGCUUGUUAUUUCAAUACGGGAGUGAUGGUGAUCGAUCUUGAACGUUGGAGGGAGGGGAAUUACACUAAGACGAUCGAAAAGUGGAUGGAGAUUCAGAAGAGGAUGAGGAUUUAUGAGCUUGGUUCUCUUCCGCCAUUCUUGUUGGUGUUUGCAGGAAGAAUUACGCCGGUUGAUCAUCGUUGGAACCAGCAUGGGCUUGGGGGAGAUAAUUUGAAUGGAAAUUGUCGAGAUUUGCAUUCGGGUCCUGUUAGUUUGUUGCAUUGGAGUGGAAAAGGUAAGCCGUGGGUCAGGUUAGAUGAAGGAAGACCUUGCCCGCUUGAUGAGUUAUGGGCUCCAUAUGAUUUAGUUAAAGACCCGUUUUGGGUCGAUUCCUGAAACCCAAAAAAUGAAAAAAGAUUCAAUCUUUGUGACUGAGACUGGAAAAGAAAAGAUUCGUAAUGUUUAGAUACUUAAGGCUCUGUUUGGAGCUGGUAAAUAAUAGGUGGCAACAUAAAACCAACAUAUUCUUCUUCACAAAGUGUGAAGGAAGCUCAUCAUCAAAAUGCAAGUUACUAAAGAUGACAAUGGAACGAAUAAAACCCCGCCACAGGUUCAAAUUCGGAUAGGGGAAUUCGAAUCAGAAAAUCCUCACAGGACAAAAAUCGUGUUCGAAGAAUAU